CGGCCCGACCCUCCCCGCGCCGGUGAGUACCACCACGGCCGGGCUUUCCGCCCGCUGCCCGUUCUGCCGGAGUGGGGGCUCGCAGCCAUCCCGAGUGCGGCCCCCGGGACUGCUUGCUCGCCGGGGAGGGGGUCGGGGAGCCGUCGUGCCUCGGCUGGCCGGCGCCUGCCUGCAGCCCGCGGGUUGCAUCGCUGCGAGCGCCGCCGAGCCCGAAGUUGGGUGCCGGGACUUACUUUCCGCAUCAAUUAAUGAACUCAGCUGGCUCGGAGCGCAGAGGCACCGCGCAGCGCCCCGCGUGUCCCGAACCUAGGCACAGCUCAGGAGCACGUAAAGUCACCCCGUUUGCGCUGAACUCCGGGCCGUCGGCUCUUACAGACCCGUUUUGUCCCUCGCCGGGGCUGGUGGAUACGUUAUUCCCUGGGAAGCCGGAAAAAUCGAGGGCAGGAAGCCGAGAGGGAACUCUGCCAAACCGAAGAUGUUAGAGGAGGCGCGGGGGGGGUGCCUUUUGCCCGUUGCGUGCCUCCAUGCCUGUCUCUCCCCCGUCUUAAUCCUUUAGGACGGAGACGACAGGCUGGGAGACCUUUGCCGGAGAGGCGAUGCUGCCGAGCCCUGCCCGGGCAGGGGGAAGUCUUCGCCGCCGCGGGCCCGUCUCAGCGGGACGGAGCGGACGUCCCCGGCGCUGGAGAUGCGCGGCCCGGGGCAGGGCGCAGGAGACCUUGACGAGCUUCCUCCACCUGAGCUUUCGCUAAAGGAGAAAGCACGCUGAAGCUGGCCCCGAUCCCUGGAGCGCAACCCCGCUGAGCAGUAGGUGGGAUUACUCCGCGGUAGUUAUGGAGAGCUAUAACCUGGCAGCAAAGUGCUAAAGCACCUCGUCCCCGCUGGCAGAGGAACACGACCACGCUCCUGCUCUGGAGCCGCCGGCUUCACACCCCGCUCUGUGGCCGAGGGGAGGUCACUCAGGUUCUUCCUCCUUCUCUCGCCCUUCUUCCAGUGAAAGACAGAGGAGAGGACUGUUCCUCCGCUCUUGCCAGCGCUGGGGAUACCGUGCCUUUUGCCUGGGAUGACUUGCCCUGAUAUGCCACUUCCCCGGGAUGUACAAAGUGCGGCUCGGACUGCUCGGGCGGCCAAAGUUUGCAGACUGAUCACUAGGGGCCGUGAGCUGGCAGCAGCUGGGCACAAGCCGGCAGGGCUCUUCGUGCAGGGUCCGAGGAAGCAGACCUGCUGCUCGUCUGAAAACUGACUCCUGAUGCUCAAACUCCAGCGGCUUUUGUUUUUACUUCUCCCCUGCCAGUUUGCACUUUCAGGGAAAAAAAGAAAACCCCCACACCUGAUGCAAUGCAGUGUUUUUGUGUUGGUUUUGUAUAUAAGAUUUGCUAUGCAAUUCCAAAACUAAAUAAGGAGGAGAGACGGCCCUGCAUCCCAAAUCAAACAGAAUCAAAGGUGAAAGGAGAAACUAUGACUUGGAACGACACCACUAUGGAUGGGGAAGGGUUGCUUGUGGAAAGGGACUCUUCCAUUCGGAUCCUCACAGGCUGCUUCCUCUCGCUGCUGAUCCUCUCCACGCUCCUGGGAAACACGCUGGUCUGUGCAGCUGUCAUUAGAUUUCGCCACCUAAGGUCCAAGGUGACCAACUUCUUUGUCAUUUCCUUGGCAGUGUCAGAUCUUUUAGUGGCGGUUUUGGUCAUGCCUUGGAAAGCUGUGGCUGAAAUUGCCGGUUUCUGGCCUUUUGGUUCAUUUUGUAACAUCUGGGUGGCCUUUGAUAUUAUGUGCUCAACAGCCUCCAUCUUAAAUCUCUGUGUCAUUAGUGUGGAUAGAUACUGGGCCAUCUCCAGUCCAUUUAGGUAUGAGAGGAAAAUGACCCCCAAGGCAGCCUUCAUCCUGAUCAGUGUGGCAUGGACCUUGUCCGUGUUGAUUUCCUUCAUCCCUGUGCAGCUGAACUGGCACAAGGCUACAACCACAAGCUUUUUGGACCUAAAUGCCAGUUUACAAGGUAUAAGCAUGGACAACUGUGAUUCUAGCCUAAACAGGAUGUAUGCCAUCUCUUCUUCUCUAAUUAGCUUCUACAUACCUGUGGCCAUCAUGAUAGUAACUUAUACAAGGAUAUAUCGGAUUGCUCAGAAGCAAAUAAGACGAAUCUCAGCAUUGGAGAGAGCAGCUGUGCAUGCCAAGAAUUGCCAGAACACAAGUGGCAAUAGAAGCAGUAUGGACUGUCAGCAGCCAGAGAGCAACUUCAAAAUGUCCUUCAAGAGGGAAACAAAGGUUUUGAAGACUUUGUCAGUGAUCAUGGGGGUGUUUGUGUGCUGCUGGUUGCCAUUCUUCAUAUUGAACUGCAUGGUUCCUUUCUGCGAGCCUACCCAACCGUCCAAGGGAGCAGAACUCUUCUGCAUUAGUUCCACCACCUUUGAUGUUUUUAUUUGGUUUGGAUGGGCUAAUUCGUCCCUGAACCCCAUCAUUUAUGCCUUCAAUGCUGAUUUCCGCAAGGCGUUUUCAACCCUGCUAGGAUGCUACAGGCUCUGCCCUAUGUCCGGCAAUGCUAUAGAGACUGUUAGUAUCAACAAUAAUGGAGCAGUUGUUUUUUCAAGCCAACAUGAGCCCAAAGGGUCCAGCCCCAAAGAGUGUAAUCUGGUUUAUCUGAUUCCACAUGCAAUUAUCUGUCCAGAAGAAGAACCUCUAAAAAAGGAAGAAGAAGGUGAACUAUCUAAGACCAUGGAGAAAAUGUCUCCAGCACUGUCAGGUAUCUUGGAUUAUGAAGCUGAUGUUUCUUUGGAAAAAAUCAAUCCCAUUACACAAAAUGGGCAGCAUAAAACCUGAACAGUAAGGUUAACCCAGCAAGAUCUAAUAAUGUAUAUUGUAAUAACCUUUUAAAAAAAGAUAUACAAGAUUUUUUAGUAAGAAACUAAGAUCUAGGGAGAAAAACACAUUUACACAAAACCCAGAAUUAAUUUUGCUGGCAUUCAAGUCAAACUUAACAUUUAAAACAAUAAACAGCAAAAGAUACUGAAAAUUGGAGGGGAAAGGAUAUUAGUAUUUUUCGUACUAAGGAAAAUACACACAUUUGGUUACAGUGCAGUGACAAAGAAAAUAUUGCCUCAUCUCUACACUUAAAGAAGCAAAUUUCUAGCUUAAAAUGAGGCAAAAGAUAAAUGUUAAGUAUUUAAAGGUUCAUGUUUACUAGAAGUUAAAAGAUCGCUGUGUCUUGUGAUAGUAGGUGUUAACAGGUCCUAAUUAAAGGCUGAGGGAUUGUAAGGUAGGUAGAUGCCUUCUUAAAAUUAUUUCUGAAAAAUUAUUGAGCCUUAUAAUGAGAAUGGAUAUUUUUAAAGCUUUGGGAGGUAAUAUGUUGAUACUGGUUUUAUUUAUUUAUUGUUUAAAUUGAUAUUUUUCAUAUGUUAUAACAGAUCUAGCUUUAUUUAUGUUAUUUAAGAUGUCUAAAUAAUGGGAUAUUUUUGGAGUGUCAUAACUGCAUUUUGACCAGUCAACCAGUCAGCACUUUAUUAAAAGCUCUGAUAGUCUGGAGAGCUGGUGAGGGAAAUGAAGGAAUGUUGAGAAGCUCAGCAAGAAAUGAAGAAAUCAACAAAGCUGAUGCUGUGUGGAGUUUGUUUGCUUGUGGGGUUUUUUUUUAGUAGGAUUUCUUUCAAAAGAUAGGACCAGAGUUGACUGAGUUGUGAAUUCUCUUCCCUUACAGAAAUAAGAGAAAUUGCUGCUAUUUAUUUUUAAAAAAGUUUCAUGUUACAAAGACUUUGCUAGAAUGUCAAGUUUAUGGAUCUGUAAAUACCUUAAAUACGACUACAACCUUAAGAAGGAUCCAAUUUGAGAAGAAAAGCUUCUUAGAUAACAAUUAUUAGUAUAUAAUGUUUUGUAUUUAUGUAAGAUAAACAGCUUUCUCAGACUUUUCUUAUUUCAAGUCUUGGAUAUCUUUUCUGAACAAACACAAUUGAUUAUAAUGGUAGUAAACAUGCCAAAUUUCAUUAUCAUCUGUAUUAUUGCAGUAACACGAGGAGUCAAUGAUCAUGCUGUCUGUCUGCUACCGUAUCACAGUCAGGAAAAAAAAAAAGUGAGGUACUUAGUGCUUUGCUUUGGAAAAUAGGAGGACAUUACAUUUUAGUAAUUAACAUGUCCAUAGUCCAUUCAAUAAGGAAUAGUGCCUCAUUCCCAUUUUGGAUUAAGACAUUUCUAAACAGGGAUGGAACUGCAGUCCCCACCUCGAAACCAUCCUGUGAGCUCCAAAAAAGUUGCUAAUGUUUAAUUCAAAAACUGCUACUUUUCCAUUGUCCUUCCCUGCUGCUUUCCCUUUGUAAUGCCAAAAGCAAUCAGUGAACCUUAGCAACAGGAACAUUGGGUGUUAAUAUUCAGCAACAUUCAAAGAAAGCUAUUUGUUUUCUGAAUAGGAGCCAAUGCCCUUUGGAGAAACUUUUCAUAACGUAUAUCAAAAAAUGUGUUGUCAGGAAAAGAGAACUGAGAGUAAAAAAAAAAAAAAUUAAAGUCUAAUGAACUAUAUACAUCCUGCAUCAGGUCUGUGUAUUUAUGUAUCGUGAAUGUUUUCAUAAUUUUAUUGCCUGUAUGCUGCUUUCAUACAUAUAAUAAAAUUAUUUUGUGAACAGAA